CCCCCUUGUAUUGACAGCAAACGCUGCCCCUCCCUCCCCGGUAUUUACUGUCAACACCCCAAACUGGGCACAACUGGGCCAAACUGGGUCCAGCCCCGCUCACGUCACCCCUCCCCGUGCCUAUAAAAGUGGGGGUGGGGCCCCCCAGCUGUCCCUCUCUGCUGUCACCCUCUGCUCGCAGGGUGUCCCCCCCUGCUCCCCCACCAUGCUCUUCUGGCACGGCCAGCCCGACCACUACUGGUCCAGCCCUGGGGACAUGUACCCCCUGCCCAGCUCCGGGGGGCUCAGGGACCCCCCCGUGCUGCCCUACCUGAAGCAGGAGGAGCCCAACGGCAUCUCCACAUCGCAGCCCCCCCUCCCCGCCUUCCAGUACGUGCUGAGCGCCCCCACCUCCCCGGCCGUGCGGCACCACGAGGAGACCCUCACCUACCUCAACCAGGGCCAGUCCUACGAGAUCCGCAUGAUGGGAACGGCGCGGGGGGACCCCGCCGAGGGCCGGAGGAUGGUCAAGGUGAGCGCGGCGGGGACCCCGGGCUGUGGGGGGAAGCUCCGGGCUGGAGUCCCUCUUCAGUUCCAGUCUGGACUCGGUUUUCCCCAGUCCAGCCCCAGUUUUCCCCAGUCCACAACCAGUUUUUCCCCUUUCCAGACCCGGUUUUCCCCAGUCCAAACCGAGUUUUGCCCCAGUCCAGCCUCGUCUGAGCCCCAGUUCAGUCCCAUCUCAACCUCACAGCCCCAGUUCUACCCCAGUUCAGCUCCGAUUUUGUCCCAGUCCAGCCCCAUCUCAGCCUCAGUUUUGCCCUAGUUCAGCCUCAUUUCAAUCCCAGCUCCGCCUCAGUUUGCCCCAGUUCAAAUCCAUUCUGGCCCCAGUUCUGCCCCAGUCCAAGCCCAGCUCAGCUGCAGUCCCGGGGGCCGUGCCCGUGGGCUGAGCCCUGCCCGUGCCCGUGGGCUGAGCU